ACAACAGUGAGCUCAGAGACUUUGGGGAGGCGCUGCGACUGACAAGCGGCGCUGCCCGGGACCUUCUCGAUUUCCUCUAGCGCUGCACUCAAUGGAGGGGCGGGCACCGCAGUGCUUAAUGCUGUCUAACUAGUACAGGAAAACGGCUCAACUCAACGCCGCCGAAAUGAAGUAUAAGAAUCUUAUGGCAAGGGCCUUAUAUGACAAUGUCCCAGAGUGUGCCGAGGAACUGGCCUUUCGCAAGGGAGACAUCCUGACCGUCAUAGAGCAGAACACAGGGGGACUGGAAGGAUGGUGGCUGUGCUCCUUACAUGGUCGACAAGGCAUUGUCCCAGGCAACCGGGUGAAGCUUCUGAUUGGUCCUGUGCAGGAGACCACCUCCAGUCACGACCAGCCUGCCUCUGGACUGAUGCAGCAGACCUUUGGCCAACAGAAGCUCUAUCAAGUGCCAAACCCACAGGCUGCUCCCCGAGACACCAUCUACCAAGUGCCACCUUCCUACCAAAAUCAGGGAAUUUACCAAGUCCCCACUGGCCAUGGCACCCAAGAACAAGAGGUAUAUCAGGUGCCACCAUCAGUGCAGAGAAGCAUUGGGGGAACCAGUGGGCCCCACGUGGGUAAAAAGGUGAGUAAAGCUAAGAAAGCACUUCAUCCUGGAACUCAUUGUUUUCUGCCCAUUUCCCCCUAUUUAAUCCUACUGGAUUUUGCAGAAGACAUUUUAGGCCUGGUGUCUCUGGACACGACAACCACCUUCAGAGCAGGCACCGAGUUCUGCCUCCGGGUUUGCUGCCCAAUGCUGCGUCAAAUGAAAGUGACCCAAGAGCGCCACUGCUCCACUUCUGAGCGUCCAGUUGUGACUGUUUCCUCGCUGGGGAAAGAAGCUGGCUGUGAUUUAGAUGUGGCUAGCAAAAGGUUUGCUUCUGGCAUAAAAUCAGGCAUCAGAACGACUUCGAAAGAAACUUCUCAUGAACGAGCCUAUCACACAUCCCCAGAACUAAAGCUAGCGUAUGUUCCUUCUGAUGUCAAGACUGAAGUUCGGCAGUUCUGGGAGGUGGAACGAGGAGAGAUCGUAGGAAGGUUUUUGUGUACUUAUGUCAAGCAGCAAGAAAAAGCCUUAAUGAACCACAAAACUGGAGACUUUGUAUACGACAUCCCUCCCUCAUCAGUGAAAGGCCCUGUGUUUUCAGUUCCAGUGGGAGAGAUAAAACCUCAAGGGGUGUAUGACAUCCCGCCUACAAAAGGGGUAUAUGCCAUUCCACCCUCUGCUUGCCGGGAUGAAGCAGGGCUUAGGGAAAAGGACUAUGACUUCCCCCCUCCCAUGAGACAAGCUGGAAGGGCAGACCUCAGACCUGAGGGGGUUUAUGACAUUCCCCCAACCAGCGCCAAGCCAGCAGGAAAGGACCUUCAUGUAAAAUACAACUGUGACAUUCCAGGAGCUGCAGAACCCGUAGCUCGACGGCACCAGAGCCUGUCCCCGAACCACCCACCCCCGCAACUGGGACAGUCAGUGGGCUCUCACAACGACGCAUAUGAUGUCCCCCGAGGCGUUCAGUUUCUUGAGCCACCAGCAGAAACCAGUGAGAAAGCAAACCCCCAAGAAAGGGAUGGUGUUUAUGAUGUCCCUCUGCAUAACCCGCCGGACGCUAAAGGCUCUCGGGACUUGGUGGAUGGGAUCAACCGAUUGUCUUUCUCCAGUACAGGCAGCACCCGGAGUAACAUGUCCACGUCGUCCACCUCCUCCAAGGAGUCCUCACUGUCAGCCUCCCCAGCUCAGGACAAAAGGCUCUUACUGGAUCCAGACACAGCUAUCGAGAGACUUCAGCGGCUUCAGCAGGCCCUGGAGAUGGGUGUCUCCAGCCUAAUGGCAUUGGUCACCACCGACUGGCGGUGUUACGGAUAUAUGGAAAGACACAUCAACGAGAUACGCACGGCGGUGGACAAGGUGGAGCUGUUCCUGAAGGAGUACCUCCACUUUGUUAAGGGAGCUGUUGCAAAUGCUGCCUGCCUCCCAGAACUCGUCCUCCACAACAAGAUGAAGCGGGAGCUGCAGCGAGUCGAAGAUUCCCACCAGAUUCUGAGUCAAACCAGCCACGACUUAAAUGAGUGCAGCUGGUCCCUGAAUAUCUUGGCCAUCAACAAGCCCCAGAACAAGUGUGACGAUCUGGACCGCUUUGUGAUGGUGGCAAAGACGGUGCCCGAUGACGCCAAGCAGCUCACCACAACCAUCAACACCAACGCAGAGGCCCUCUUCAGACCCGGCCCUGGCAGCUUGCGUCUGAAGAACGGGCCGGAGAGCAUCAUGAACUCAACGGAGUACCCACACAGUGGCUCCCAGGGGCAGCUGCUGCAUCCUGGUGACCACAAGGCCCAGGCCCACAACAAGGCACUGCCCCCAGGCCUGAGCAAGGAGCAGGCCCCUGACUGUAGCAGCAGUGAUGGUUCUGAGAGGAGCUGGAUGGAUGACUACGAUUAUGUCCACCUACAGGGUAAGGAGGAGUUCGAGAGGCAACAGAAAGAGCUAUUGGAAAAAGAGAAUAUCAUGAAACAAAACAAGAUGCAGCUGGAACAUCAUCAGCUGAGCCAGUUCCAGCUGUUGGAACAAGAGAUUACAAAGCCCGUGGAGAAUGACAUCUCGAAGUGGAAGCCCUCUCAGAGCCUACCCACCACAAAUGGCGGCGUGAGUGCGCAGGAUCGACAGUUGCUGUGCUUCUACUAUGACCAAUGUGAGACCCAUUUCAUUUCCCUUCUCAAUGCCAUUGACGCGCUCUUCAGUUGUGUCAGCUCAGCCCAGCCCCCGCGAAUCUUCGUGGCACACAGCAAGUUUGUCAUCCUUAGUGCACACAAACUGGUGUUCAUUGGAGACACACUGACACGGCAGGUGACUGCCCAGGACAUUCGCAACAAAGUCAUGAACUCCAGCAAUCAGCUCUGCGAGCAGCUCAAGACUAUAGUCAUGGCGACCAAAAUGGCCGCCCUCCAUUACCCGAGUACCACGGCCCUGCAGGAAAUGGUGCACCAAGUGACAGACCUUUCUAGAAAUGCCCAGCUGUUCAAGCGCUCUUUGCUGGAGAUGGCAACGUUCUGAGAAGAAAAAAAGAAGAAGGGGACUGCGUUAAUGGUUACUAAGGAAAACUGGAAAUACUAUCUGGUUUUUGUAAAUUAUCUAUUUUUGUAGAUAUUUUAUAUGAAAAUGGAAUAUUUUAACAUUUUAAGGGUUAGACAACUUUCAGAAAUUCAGGGAGCUGGAGAGGGAAAUCUUUUUUUCCCCCGAGUGGUUCUUAUGUAUACAUAGAAGUAUCUAAGACAUAAACUGUACAGAGACUUGUCCACGUUCUUUUGUAUGCCUGUGUAUUCAUGUUUGUUUGUAGAUGUUUGUCUGAUGCAUUUCAUUAAAAAAAAAAUGAAUUAAGAAGCACCUUAGUAAGCACCUUCUAAUGCUGCAUUUUUUUGUUGUUGUUAAAAACAUACCAGCCGGUUAUAAUAUUGUUCUCCAUGUCCUUGUGAUUCUGAGCCUGGCACUCCCAAAUCUGAGAAGUAUAGUAUAUUUGCAAAUGUUCACCUUCCAAAUCAUGAGACAUAGCACGACUUAUUCUUGUUUUGAAAACUCUUUUCAAAAUUGAUCAUCUUAAACACAUGAUGGCCAAGUGCCCAAAGGCCCUUUUGCAGAGCAAAUUUCAGAAUAUGUAUGUGAAUCCAAGCUCUGACAGUUCAGGUGCUGGAGGGAGGAGAGACCUGUGUGUUUAGAGGCCAGGACCACAGUUAGGAUUGGAUUGUUUCAAUACUGAGAGACAGCUGCAAUAAAAGGAGGGCAAUUGCCUCCCUGGGGCUGUUCGAUCUUCUGCAUUUGUGAGUGAUUCAGUCAUGAGGUUUUCCAAAAGAUGUUUUUAGAGUUGUAAAAACCAUAUUUGCAGCAAGGAUUCAAAAAGGCGUAUCAGACUAUGAUUGUUCACCAAAACAGGGGAAUGCUUUGAUCCGCCAGUUACAAGUAGAGGCCUUUCUGACUCUUAAUAUUCACUUUGGUGCUACUACCCCCAUUACCUGAGGGAAACUGGCCAGGUCCUUGAUCAUGGAACUACAGAGCUACCAGGAUGUAUCCUGCUCUCUAAGGGAAUUUAUUGCUGUCUUGCACCUUCUUUAAAACUCACAUAUGCAGACCUGACACUCAAGAGUGGCUAGCCACACAGCGUCCAUCUAAUUUUUACAAUUUCCUGUGGCCGAUGUGUAUAACCCCUACCACUAUCUCACAGGUAGCCACAGUAUCCAUUCUAUAGUCCGUCUCCUCACACCUGUUAGUAUUGACAUAGCACAAACACCACAAGCCAUCAUGUUCUUCAUGGGGCAAGCGAAAUACUUCUACCCCAUGGGUAAAUGUAUUUACAUAUUACCAAGAGAAAAAGCACAUUAUCUAUGAUCUUUUGGUCUAAUUCUUAUUUAGCAUUUUUAUUCCAGCCUAUUUGGAAACAUGUUUUUAAUUGCAAUAUAUGCCUGACUGAAUUAAGCUUGCUUGUUUUAAACAACCAAAUCAUUGGAACAGAAAAGGAUUUAAAAAACAAGAAUGCAUCUCAGUGAUUAAAAAAAAAUCAGUGGAAAUAAAUGAUCAUAGAAGGUGCUUUUCAAAACCACUACUAUUACAAUUCUCAAAGUCCUACUCUGCCAAAAGAAGACUAAAAGUCAUAAGUUACAUGACAAGGAAAUGUUUAUGUGGGAAGAGGGUUGCUGAAAAUCAACAACACUUGAAGUUUAAAGUGCGUCUUUGUAGAUUUCAUUGUAUAAUGUGUAUUUCUUAGAAGAUGGCUGACUUGAUUGAUCUAUGCUAAGUAGAGACAUUUCACAUUUUUAAAACCAAAAUGUUCAAUCUGUAUUACUCUUUGCCAUCUUGUAUAUAGAGGCUAUUUUUAAAUCAUUAAAUUUUUAGAUCUCUGUUUUCAUA